AUGCCACCGAAGAAAACUCAAUCAGAAAAAUCAAAGCAAAAGGAUAAACAAAAAAUUGUCGAGGACAAAACUUUCGGCUUAAAAAACAAAAAGAAGUCGGUCAAAGUACAGCAACAAAUUAAGCAGAUAGAAAAUCAGGUGUUUCAAGCAGGGAACAGGAAGGCUCAGAAAGAAAAAGAAAUUGAGAAACAAGCUCUGGCUAAUAAAAAGCUUGCAGAACAAAAAAAGAAGGAAGAACAUUCAGAACUUUUCAAACCAGUUCAAACAACACAAAAGGUACCAUUCGGUGUAGAUCCUAAGACAAUUUUAUGUCAAUUUUUCAAAGCUGGACAGUGUCUUAAGGGAGAUAAGUGCAAAUUUUCUCACGAUUCGAAUGUGGAAAGGAAAAGUUCGAAAAUUGAUAUAUAUACGGAUUCAAGACAAGACGAAGAAAGGAAAAAUGACACUAUGGAUAAAUGGGAUCAAGAGAAACUUGAGCAAGUCGUUACUUCAAAAAAUGAAAAUCCCAAGACUACUACAGAUAUCGUGUGCAAAUAUUUUUUAGAAGCAAUUGAAAAUCAAAAAUAUGGCUGGUUUUGGGAAUGUCCAAAUGGAGGAAAGCUUUGUAAAUAUAGACAUGCUCUUCCUCCAGGAUUCAUAUUGAAGAAAUCACAAAAGAAAGCAGAAGAGGAAGAAAAUCAAAUUACUCUUGAAGAAUUUCUAGAAACAGAACGUCAUAAAUUGGGUACAAACCUCACCCCUAUUACGCUUGAGAGUUUCACCAAAUGGAAGAAGAAUCGUAAAGCCAAAAUCGAAGCAGAUGAAGAACUUAAAAGAGCAUCUAAAGAAGCCGCAUUUAAGGCAGGCAAAGCUCAAGGCAUGUCAGGUCGUGAUCUUUUCACGUUCAACCCAGAUCUUGUUAACCAAGCUGAAGAAUAUGAUGAUGAUGGAGAUGUGUUUGAUUUAUCCGGAUAUAAACAAAACAAUGUUCAAGAAAUUACUGCAGAAGGAAUAGAAGUAAAAGCAGAUUUGUUUGCGGAAGAGAAUUUAGAUGAUUUAGAUGAUUUAGAUGACGACGAACAAUAA